AUGGUCGGGGAUUCCCCCGAUUCCGUUAAUGGGUUCUGCUACUUCGGUAAACACGACAACGCGGGCUACUACCAGACCCUCAUUGCGAAGCCUCAAGAGAACAAGCGCCUUCGCCUCUCCGCCCCCGCCUCCACCGCUUCCGCCGACGCGUGGGGCUUCCUCUCGCCCUGGCUCGAGCGGCUGAAGGGGCGGCUGAUCCAGCGCGAGCGAGAUCCCAAGCCGUACGACAUCUCUGACUCGCUCACUCGCGAGGCGCUGGAGCUGCUGGCGCUCGUGCACUGCGUCAACAACCGAGCGUGGGCCAAGACCCUACGGGACAAGUGCGAGCUGCGGUUCGCCGAGGAAGAAGGCAGUGACUGCGCCAACAACGACGAGGAGGACGCGGAUCCGGGACGACGCAGCUAUACCCUACCACCGAAGCCACCAAAGUUCGAGUGCGAGCGCGACCGAGAGGUGCCGCUGUCGCCUCGCUUUCUACUUAAAAUGACUGUGGGCAGCCAGAAACCGGGGGAGGUGUCGCCCGUGGCCAAGAUUUUAUCCAUGCAAGACGAUGAGUUUAAGAGACACCCACGCGUGCCGCGGUCCGUGGAGGAACUGCGCGAGGUGAUUGACGAGAUGAAGGACUAUGGCACGCAACAAUCUGCUGCUGUUGCUGGCGAGGCGCAGAGUUUAAGUGACUGUGCGAGUACGUUCACGUACCGCCUAGAUUUGCUUUCGAUGACUCUCGUCAGCGUGAAUAUGAGUGAGGUCUUUGUGGAGAGCGUGCUGGGCGUGCUCGGAAGUGGGAUCCCGAUCGGAACUUUGAGGCUCAAUAUUUUCCCAUCAUUUCCUCGAGAAGCUGGCCGCGAUGUGAGCCGCGAGGGUCGCUAA